GGUGCUUUGUAGAACACAAUGAACCGCGCGGCAUCACACACCCCUGCACCAUGGAUAAUUAAGUAGCUGGCAGUAAUUGAAACUAUCCCUGCUUCUUUCACACACUAAAGACAACUUCCAUCUGGAGCAUCUCAAAGUUUUUUCCUUCAAGUCAGAUCCCAAAGAGGUAAUAAUUCUAGGCUUCCAGUUGCGAACUCCAGGUGAAAAAAUCAGAGGCUGCAAGUGGCAUUUUCCUCCUGCAUUUCGGGCAGGAGGGGAGGUGGUCCAACUGCACAAUGACAGAUUAUGCAAAUCCUCCCAGAGCAUCUAAUCAAUCCCGGCGGUGGGAGAAGAAUGCAGCUCAUCUCCGAAUUAGCCUCUGUCGCUGCAUCCUCGUGUGAAGCAUCCCCCCUCGGUUGGAAUGACAUCAGAGCAGCUCCGAGUCCUUGAAAGUCUGGGGGUUGAUUAGCUGGAGGAAUUGGCCGCUUCUGCCAAUCACCACCCUGCAAAGCCGCCUCGAUACUCUUGUAGAUAUGAGGGAGAGGGAGGCUGACUACAGCAAACAGGAGGCACGGCGGCAGCACCGGCAGUAGUAACAGGAGCAGCUGGUAUUCGGGCGAUUAAAUAGUUCUCGCAGCCUUUUUGCUGUAGCCUGGCUGCUCCCCGGUGUAAUCCCCAUGUCCAAGAAGGAAGCUGCAUUUUUAACGGUGUGCUGAACAGAGGUUUGAAUCAUUCCAGCUGGCUGCUUGUUUUGAAAAGGACAGUCUGUGUAUAAAUGAGAUGUGACUGUGCCGGUAGAGUUCAGUUACUGGGGCUGGAGCAAGAGGAACCUUCCCGGGAUGCCGCUCAGACAGCUGCUAUCAAUUGAAAACUCUCCCUAGUUUACCUGGAGCCAUGUGAAGAGAUUUGAAUAGCAGAUGUCUCUUUCCUGCACGCUAGGAAGAGAAAUUCUUCUCUAGAUAAUGUUAAGAGUCCUCUUCAUUGAUUAUUGGCAGCUGCUGCAUUCUGAGAAAACCUCUUUCAAUUUAGCUUUCCGGAUCCUUUGACUUCCUGCUCCAACAGCUUUAUAAACCUCCUCGACAGCUUCAUAAAUGCACUGCAAUGGUCACAUGAACGUCUCGGGAGGGGAAUCAGCACCUCUGCAUCUCCUCGUUCCUAUGGCACUUUAGGAAGAGAGAAUUAAAAAAAAAAGCAGCAAGUCCAACAGAAGUUGGAAGCCCUGCGAAAGAUGAAUCUAAUCGUGAAGCUCCGCAGAAGUUUCAGAACGCUGGUCAUUCUCCUGGCGACCUUCUGCUUGGCAAGUAUUGUGAUUUCUGCCUAUUACCUCUACACUGGCUACAAGCAGGAAGUAGCCCUCGUGGAAACCACUGGAGAAGCAGAGUGUGGAGACCUCAAGCUUCUACCAUACAGGUCCGUGGAGCUGAAAACAGCUAAACCCAUUGAUCCAUCUAAAACUGAUCCCACUGUCCUCCUGUUUGUGGAAAGCCAGUACUCCCAGCUGGGGCAAGACAUCAUAGCCAUCCUUGAGUCCAGCAGAUUUCAGUACCACAUGGUCAUCGCACCAGCUAAGGGGGAUAUUCCCCCUCUCACAGACAAUGGAAGAGGAAAAUACGCAAUUGUUAUAUAUGAGAAUAUUUUAAAGUAUGUAUCCAUGGACUCAUGGAAUAGAGAGCUUCUGGAAAAAUACUGUGUGGAAUACAGUGUUAGCAUAAUUGGUUUUCAUAAAGCCAACGAGAACAGCUCCCCAAGUACAAAACUGAAAGGAUUGCCAUUACAUCUUUACAAUAAUGUAGCCCUCAAAGACUGCGUGGUAAACCCUCAGUCUCCCCUGCUGCACAUUACCAAAGCACCAAGGGUUGAGAAAGGUCCACUGCCCGGCGAAGAUUGGACAGUUUUCCAGUUUAACCAUUCCACCUAUCAACCUGUGCUUUUGACCGAACUGCAGACCUCCAGACCGCCCCCCGCCACGUUGCCAAAGGCUGCUCUGUAUGCAACCGUCAUCCAAGACUUGGGGCUUCAUGACGGGAUUCAAAGAGUCCUUUUUGGAAACAACCUGACCUUCUGGUUGCACAAACUGAUCUUUAUCGAUGCCAUCUCUUUCCUGUCAGGGAAGAAGCUCACACUGUCCUUGGAUAGGUACAUUCUGGUUGACAUAGAUGACAUCUUCGUUGGGAAGGAGGGAACGAGGAUGAACAUCAACGAUGUGAAGGCUUUACUAGAGACUCAAAAUUUACUGCGCACUCAGGUUGCAAAUUUUACCUUCAACCUUGGAUUUUCAGGAAAAUUUUACCACACAGGGACUGAAGAGGAAGACGAAGGUGAUGACCUGCUGUUGAGAUCUGUGGAUGAGUUUUGGUGGUUUCCCCAUAUGUGGAGUCACAUGCAGCCUCACCUCUUCCACAAUGAGUCGUCACUGGUGGAGCAGAUGAUCCUCAACAAAGAAUUUGCAAUAGAGCACGGCAUACCGACUGACAUGGGGUACGCAGUGGCUCCGCACCACUCCGGGGUCUACCCGGUUCACAUCCAGCUCUACGAGGCCUGGAAGAAGGUCUGGCACAUCCGAGUGACCAGCACAGAAGAAUACCCACACCUGAAACCUGCACGGUACAGACGGGGCUUCAUCCACAAUGGCAUCAUGGUGCUCCCCCGACAGACCUGUGGCCUUUUCACUCAUACUAUUUUUUACAAGGAAUAUCCUGGGGGUCCUCAGGAGCUGGACAAAAGUAUCCGAGGAGGUGAACUCUUCCUCACCAUUCUCCUGAAUCCCAUCAGCAUCUUCAUGACCCAUUUGUCUAAUUACGGGAACGACCGCCUGGGCUUAUACACCUUUGCGAACCUAGCCAACUUCGUUAAGAGCUCGACGAACCUGAAACUGCAGACGCUGCCCCCAGUUCAGCUGGCUCAGAAGUACUUUGAGCUCUUCCCGGAGCAGACGGACCCUCUUUGGCAGAAUCCGUGUGAUGACAAACGACACAGGGAUAUUUGGUCCAGAGACAAAACUUGUGACCACCUACCCAAAUUUCUUGUGAUAGGACCCCAGAAAACAGGAACAACAGCGCUUUACUUAUUUCUUCUGAUGCAUCCUUCCAUUAUCAGUAAUCUCCCAAGUCCAAAAACUUUUGAAGAAGUUCAGUUCUUCAACGGAAACAACUAUCACAAGGGAAUUGACUGGUACAUGGAUUUCUUCCCCACUCCUUCCAACAUCACCACUGACCUCCUCUUUGAGAAAAGUGCCAACUAUUUCCAUUCUGAGGAAGCCCCUAAACGAGCUGCUUCCCUCAUCCCCAAGGCCAAGAUCAUCACCAUCCUCAUCGACCCAUCCGAUCGGGCGUAUUCCUGGUACCAGCAUCAGCGAUCUCAUGAGGACCCCGCUGCUCUGAAAUUCAAUUUUUAUGAAGUCAUUACGUCCAGCCAUUGGGCGCCCUCGGAGAUAAGGACUCUCCAGAAGAGAUGCCUGACACCCGGAUGGUAUGCUGUCCAUAUCGAAAGAUGGUUAACUCAUUACCCUGCUUCACAGUUGCUUAUUAUUGAUGGACAGCAGCUAAGAAGUGACCCAGCUACCGUGAUGGAUGAAGUGCAGAAGUUUCUUGGAGUCUCUCCUCAUUAUAAUUACUCUGAAGCUCUAACGUUUGACCCUCAGAAAGGCUUUUGGUGCCAGUUAUUGGAAGGAGGGAAAACAAAGUGCCUGGGGAAAAGCAAAGGUCGAAAAUACCCACCAAUGGACCAAGAGUCUCGAGCAUUUCUGUCGAGCUACUACAGAGACCACAACGUGGAGUUGUCCAAGCUGCUGCACAGGCUGGGGCAGCCCCUGCCCUCCUGGCUGAGACAGGAGCUGCAGAAGGUCAGGUAGCACCCAAGGGCAGGGGACCCAAGUAAGGACGAUUUCCUUCACCGUCAAACCCCUUGCUUCUCCGACUCACUUGUGAUCGUCAGUAGAGGACCUCAUGAAUAACGCUCUUUCUAUUUAAAAAAAAACAAAAAACGAACCACGAAAGAAUAAAAAAACCCGAACCCGACAACUGUUUGUAUGCACGCGCUGACAGUUAUUAGCAUCGACCCCUUUUGUCAGCUUCCAGGAAAUAAUACGGAGCUACGCGGCAUUACUCUUUACCCAGACCGGGAUUCGUGCAUAGCCUAGUUCCUCUGUUCACCAGGAAGUACCAGAAACUGUGUGUAGGAUGGAUUGACUUCGGUGUACAUGACAAAUUGCAGUCUGUCAGGACACGAGCAAAGGAUGGGAACAUCUCUCGCUGGACUGUGAGGUUGGUCACCCGCCGGGGUUUUUUCCACGUUCGUUUUCGCUGUGUUUUUCCCCCAACCCUGCAAGUUUUCCUGUCGUUUAUAGGGGGAUAUUCAGCACCAUGCAGUCAGGAUCCCUAACGGUUAUGAUAUAUGUAGUAUUAACGCACCAUCCUUGCUUUCUCCAGAGAAAGCGGUGGGCUAAAUUCUCACCCACCCUGCUUCCCUGGGAUUCCUGUAAUAACUGAGGACAGUCUAUGCUCGCUCUUCUGUUGUGGGGUUGGGGUUUUUUCCCUUCACAACAAGACAUGUCCUGAUUUACUGGAGUUGUGUGGGUCGUUGCGGUGCCAGGCAGCGAGGUGGCUGUCUGCCCAGAUCCCAGCGAAACCCAUUGCCUGUCUUUUGAACGCGGCUACUCUCCCACCUGACAGGGUUUUCAAUCACAUCUGUUGGGUUCCUACAGCAGCUGUGACAGAGCUCCAAGAUGUGAAAACUACAGUCUGUUGAGGAACAAACUUUUUCUACAAACUUUAGUGGAGUUGAAAGGACAAGCAUGCCCACCAUAUAUCACGCAUACAUAUAUGAUGCAUAUAUUUUUAUGCCCGCAUAUCUACCUACUGUGUACGUAGAUCAGACAUACACUUAGUUUUAAGUAUCCGCUUUUUGUGCCCAUAGGUAAAUGAAAGCGUGGUUUACCAAAAAUAUGAUGUUAGGAACUGUGCCGCAUUCUCAGGUCUGUGUGGGCAAGGUCAACAAGACUGGGCAGAAGCUCGCUGGGAAAUGUAAGCUGAGGGGAGAAAUACCAUUUAGGCAUUUCAGCCUUGUAACGCUUUUUCUCAAGGGCUGGGAAUAGGACAAGGCCAAGUACCCCCUGCCCAGCUGGCUGCCGCAGGAGCACGACGUGCCCGACCCCACCAGAGCUGCACAAGGACGUACACAAACAUAGAGGAAAGCCCGAACAGACAAGCGUUGCCCAGCUUCGUGUUUGCCUUUAAAUAU